UGCCAAGUAUCGCCUGGCCGCGCGACAGGCGUCAUCGCAUUCGAGCUUCAAGCAAGCUACCGCAUCGCCGCAUCACCAAAUUCUCCCUUCACGAACGGCUCUUCGACUUCUUCACCAAUCGAAACACCAUGGCUAACGGCUGGGCACCUUUCAUUGGACUUCUCGUCACCGUGAUCUUCUGCGCGGCAGCAUGGAUCCUCGCACCUAAGGGUGAGAAUCAGACUGUCUGGCGAUCAACCCUCGUCCUCUCCGCCGCCGCAAUGUACAUCAUGUGGGCUAUCACAUUCCUCGCACAACUGCACCCUCUCAUCUCGCCUGUACGAAACGAUCUGCGACCGGAGUACAACCAAGGGUAGACAGAUCAAUACAACCUAUGAUCUACUUUGGAGAAGCACAUACAAUCUGGAACAUGUUCAUGACGGGCGGCACAUGCCGAGUUCUGGGUGUCAGAGGGC